AUGUGUGAUCGCAGUCUCUACAGAUCUGGCUACGUUGGUUCUCUCUUGAAUUUGCAAUCGCCAGAUUCCUUUUAUUUUCCUAAUUUGCGGGCUAAUGGCAGUCAAUUGGCGGCUCUGCCCACCAUUUCCUACCCGCGGAGCUCGAUCCCCUGGACUUGCUCAAGUUCGUGCGCAGCCCAGCCGCAGAGCCACGCGUUCGGCGGCGCGGCGCAGCCUUACCUCCCCGGCUCCGUUCCAAUCAACAUCGGCUCCAACGGCAACAAGGAGUGCCUGGAAGACAACAAUAAAUAUUACGCCCACGAUACGAGCUCCAAACAAGAGGAGAGAUGCAGGCAGAGGCAAUCUUUUGCAAAUGACCCAACUGUUACUCACACAGCCAACUUAAAGCCCGUAAAGUAUGACCACUCGAGCCUGCAGAGAAGUUUGCAUGGCUCGGCUGCUCUUUUUGAAGUGAAUUCCUGCAAUUCAAGCUUAAAGGAGGACAUCAAGAAUCCCGUCAACUUGAACCUGACAGUUCAGCCCGCAGCAGUCCAGUCAUGCCUCAGACCUUCAGUGCAGGAUGGUUUGCCUUGGUGCCCCACCCAGGGGAGAUCAAGAAAGAAACGGAAACCAUACACAAAACAACAAAUUGCUGAAUUGGAAAACGAGUUUCUCCUCAAUGAGUUUAUUAACCGACAGAAGAGGAAAGAACUAUCAAACAGACUGAAUUUAAGCGAUCAGCAAGUUAAAAUUUGGUUUCAGAACCGGAGGAUGAAAAAGAAAAGAGUAGUUAUGCGAGAGCAGGCUCUUUCUAUGUACUAG